CUCGUUUCUCGUUACAAGUAACGGUUAGGUAAAAAAGAAUAUCGGAUACCGUGGCGUAGGUUUAACUUGUAAAGAGCGAAUUUAAAGUUGUUUAAAUUGAGAAUAGAACUACAUUUUACAUAAUAAAAGGGAAAAGAACUUAAUUGUGAAAGUUAUCGUAAAGGAGUGACAAGAAAAUCCAGACGAGUGGCGCGUCUGUGCAAACGGCUCUCUUUGGUUGCAUGACGUAAUUGUAUUGAUCGCGGAAGAAGAGCCGAAAGUCGCGCAUUCGCCAUCUUGGACGAAUUGUGGAAAAGAAGUUUCUGUGUCUCGCAGGCGCGGUACGCUUGUAAUAAUUGUAAUCCGUGACGAUCCGGACAUUAAUUAAUUUAACUGGGAAUUAACCCUUUUGUGAAUUGCAAACCCAUUUGGACGGACCAAGACAAAGGGUUCGUUCUUUGGGUCUGAUUGGUACUAAAUGGUUGCCUGCAGACAGCAUGUCUACUCUGUCAGGGCUCGUGUCGAAGGGGGAGAAAGGAAAAUCCAAGUUCCAAUCAUUAGACAUCAAUAGCUUGUACCCGCUGAAUAGGGGAGAAUCUUUAGAGCAGCAUCAGCAAAAAAAUACAUUACCACGCAAACAUGGAAUGCAAAGUCUUGGGAAAGUGCCUUCGGCACGACGACCUCCUGCUAAUCUGCCUAGUUUAAAAAGUGAACAUAGCAGCAACGAUCCAGCUGUCAGUCUUGUACCAAGCGGAGGAAGUGGUUGGGCUACCACCAAAGAAUCAACGACUACCACUACUGCUACAACCACUACAGCUGUAACUGCAUCGGAUACAUCUACUUCAAAUUCUUCAACGGCACAAUGUGUAGCGGGAACUGUCGCGACAACAUCACUGCAUCCAUUACUGCCAGGACAACAAAAUACUUCUCCAACAUCAUAUUCUUCCGAUGCAAACAACAAAUCAUCAUGGAGUGCAAUAAUGAGCAGAUCUGGAGAUGGCGCUGUAUCAGGAGGCCAGCAACAAUCGCAACAACAACAACAACAACAACAACAACAGACAACAAAUCGGGAAUUAAAUGCGCAAUACGGACCCGGACCAAGUUUACGACCUCAAACGGAAGGAAGUUGGAUACAAGGUGGAAGUCGCACAGCCAGUGGUCCAGGAAUAGGGGUUGCUGGUCCCGUAAGUGGGAAUUCAGGGGUCCAGGCCCCCCCUUUAAAUAUCACUGGAUCAGGCGGACAUACCGACAUAUCUGGUGGCGGACGACAGAACUUGGUCCAGUCUCCCAACAUGGGCAUGGGCCAGGGAGGCCCUCAUAAUACUUCAAGCAGUCAAAACGCUUUGAAUUCUAGUUCUCAUCAAGUUGGUCCAAAUCUAAAUCACUAUAGAGGACUUAUUCCGCCAUUCAUGUAUAGAGGAAACUUUUCUGGUGGAUUCCCACCACAGUUUCCAACAAACACAAAUUCCGGUGGGCCUAGACCCCGGUUCAAUUACUCAGAACGAUUCCCUCCUCCAGUUGCUCGUCAACAGGAACGCGAACGCAUGCCCGAGGAAGAAAUUAUUACACGGCCAAUAAUUAAAGAAGAAGAUCUUACUCGAAUGGACGAUAUUUCUCGCGAUGCUGGCUGGGCGGCGCACGAUGACAUUGAUUAUAAUCAGAAACUCGCCUUCAGUGACGACGAACCUGAUCUUGAACCAUCGAAAAAAGAUGAAAAAAGGGACAAUAAGGAGGAAAAAACUGAAGAAAUUACAAUAGAAGAUAGGGAGAAGAUUAGAGAAAACCGCGAUAAUCGUGAUUCUCACGAUAAUCGAGAAUCAAAAGAAUCUCGGGAUCAGCCAACUCAUCGUCCAUGGACUCAGAGUUCUUUGCCCCGCGAUUAUCGUGGGUCCAACGGGUCUGGUAGUUAUAGCGGUCAGUCACAACUGCAUUCGGUGCAUUCUUUGAGAGGGGUAGAAGAUGACGAAACGUGGACCGAGAGACGCAGACUGAAAGUUGUCGAGGUCGCGUCUGCCGUUGAGCGCGCUCGACAACGCAAAGAGGAGGAAGAAAAACGAUAUCAGGAAUUAACUAGACAAGCGGCAGCUAAGAAAUUGCAAGAUUUAGAACAAAAAUUGAAAGAAAAACAAGCUAGUGAAUCGAAAGGCUUGAUAAGCGUACCACCGGUGCCGAUUCCGGUUCCCGAAUGGGAACGAGAAAGGGAAAAUAGAGAACGAGAAACCAGAGAACGUGAACGGUCUGAAGGAAAAGAUGAAAAAUCGUUGAACCGCGAAUCGCGCGAAACUAGGGACGGUCCAAAAGAUUGUAGAGAUUCCCGUGACCAGCUAAUGUCAGAUUUCCGGCAAGGCGACCGACAAGGUUUUACGAGACAAGAUAGCGUUCGCAACGAGCGUGAAAGAGAACGAGAACGUGAGCGUGAGCGUGAGCGAGAACGAGAUCGCGAUCGUGAUCAAAGAGAUACAAGGGAUCGCGAACUACACGCCUCGUUCUCUCGACACUUUCAAAACAAUUUACCACCACGAUUCCAAAAACAACAAGCGGAAAGAAGCAGUGCUGGCUUUAAUCGAAUUUCUCCCAGUACCGAAAGAUCAUCUACCCAACCUGUUCCAUUCUCCCAGCAAUACGAUCCUGGUAGAUGGGUUCAUAGUCACAGUUCUUUAAUAGACAGCAAUUUGAAGUCAACACACGGGGCUCCCUCGCAACGUCGGAGUAGAACAGAUUCAGAUAUCUCCACUUCAAUGGACGAUGAUCGACCUCCAUCCCGUGAUUACCGUGGUUCUCUACUUCGAGACGAUCGAUAUCGUCAUUCCUCGCAUCGACCAUAUGAGACACGCAAAACAGCCGGUUACUAUGAUGAAUAUGGCCGCAACUCCAGAGAUCACGAGUACGAUGAUAGACAUUCUCGUGAUUCCUGGGAGCGCGAGAGAUAUUUCGACGAUAAUAAGGAUCGAGAUUCAAAGGACAGUAUAGAAUCAAGAGAUAUUAGAGAAACUCGAGAUAUUCGUGAUAAUCGUAUGAAUAGGGACAAUCGAGAUGCAAGAGAACCUCGAGAAAGAGAUAACAAGGAUAAGAAGGACUAUGAUAACUAUUUGAAGGAGGAUACCUUUGACGAUCGUGAUCGUGAUCGUGAUCGAGACCGUGAACGCGAGCGUGAUCGUGAACGCGAACGUGAUCGCGAUCGCGAUCGCGAUCGUGAACGUGAGCGAGAACGUGAGCGAGAACGUGAACGUGAGCGUGAGCGUGAACGUGAGCGUGAACGUGAGCGUGAGCGUGAGCGUGAUCAAAGAGAAAGAUCGGAGAGUACGGAGUGGCGUGCAGAGCGUAUCAUUCAAGAUAGAAUGAUCGAUAAUCGUCGAGAUACGCAAAGAGAAGAACGGAUGGAACGCAACGAACGUCCACAAAGACCAGAUUCUCGCGAUAGCCGCACUUCUCGGGAAUCAAAGACAUCGUUACGUGAUGACGAUUCACACAAAUUGCGGGACUGCAGUUCUUGGGUGAACGAAGUUGCCGAUUACGAAGAAAGCAAACGUGAUACGUAUCACGAAGACAUCAGAGAAAAAGAGAGAGAAAGGGAGCGGGAGAGAAGACAGCCACUUGGGCCUGUAACUAAAGAAAGGAUCGAGGCAGAUGAAUUGAAAGGUGAAAAACGUAACCUUACUCAAUUAAAACGGGCGAGUUCGAAUCAAGAUAAAAAGGAUCAGACGAAAGAACCUUCGACAGAGACGAAGAAAGAAACAGCGGAUGUUUGGGGCAGAAAGGUCGAACGGAUUAAUGAAAGCAAUCGAGUAAUCGAAAGAGGUGAUAAUUCUCCGAAAGCGUGGGCAGAUGCUGUUUCGCCGACGUUCGAGAAAGAAGAAGAGAAAGCAGUGGAACCUAUUAAGAGCGAUAAAGACACGGAGAACUUGAAACAGAGUUUCGAUAAGUUAAAUCUAGAGAAAAGAGAAGAGGCUGUGAAUGAGGAUGUUACGGCAGAACAACAACAGAUGAAGGAAGACAAACGGGAGAAAAAUAUCCGGAACAGAACGAGUAGCGGUGGAUCGAACUCACGGGUUCGCGAUUCGCGGGGUGGACGCCAAUGGGGUGGCACUUAUAGCGUGUACACUCGAGGUUGGCGCGGUCCAGAAUCGAGGGGUCGAAGGGGUGGGUCUAGAGCCGCCGUUAGACCAGCUUCAGCUAGAAGUGGUUCCUACGGACAUACCGAUUCGGAAAAUAGUGCCGACGAGGUGUCCGGUUCUACCGAAUCUGGCAAGGAAGAAAAAAAAUCGGCCAGAUCGCCGAAGCCGACACAUCAGAAGCAAGAGAAGGAAGAACGCAAUCGUGAAGUGGUGGUGUCUGCUGGUCGAGAUGAAAAACGAGCCGACUAUUCUCAAUCACAGCGCAGUGAGAAACGAAGUUACGAUAGUAAAGCGAGCCGCGGCGAAGGUUUUGCUCCUUCGGGAGAACCGUCUCGUCGUGGUCGGGGCGGUUACCGAAUGCGAAGCGCAACCACUACCGGCAGUCGCAUGGAAGGAUAUGGACCGCCAUCCAAUAAAAGUCCUUUCUCCUCUGAACGCAGUAUCGACGAGAAACAAAAUGCUGCGCGACAAAAUCCUCCAACACCUACUCCGGAGAAGGAGAUAAAUUCUCUCGUAAUCUCGCAAAUCGAAUCUACCGAUGAUAAAAUUAUAGCGAAGCAACAAGCACUUACCGCCGGAAUAACUGGAAAACGUGCCAAAUCACCAAAUCAACAACUGCAACAGUCUCAGCAGACGCAGCAAUCUUGUAACAAACAAGAUGCUGGUCAUACGAGCAACAGCGGUCUCUCUCAAAAAGUACAAGUAACGAGAAAAGAAGAAUCACGUUCAAAAAGAACUGGCAGUGGAAGUAGAAGGGGUAGAGACAGUCGUGAGUUGCGUUACCGUGGCAACGGUAGCAAUGUAUCGAAGCAGACGUCUUCAGACGUAGGAAACGAAGAUUGGGAAACCACGUCUGAGAACAGCGAAGAACACGUGGAGGACCAUAAAGAAUCUCGUAACAGUCGUAAUAAACAAUUUUCUUCGCGUGCAAGCACGGGUAGCAAUCAAACUAGCGUGGUAUCGAACGUACAUUCACGUAGAAGCGAACAAAUGGGAAGCAGCCGUGAGCAGCGUGAGAAAAACGUAAAGUCUUCCAAUACUGCGUCCCGUGCUCCAGGCGCGGAAAAACGAAAUCUGCAAAAUUCGGGUUUUGCCAAUCAGAAAAGUCAUUCUAGUAGCAUUCCGCCGUUAAUACAAACGGCUCAAGUACAAAAUGGAAGAUCAAGAAAUCAAACUGCUGGAAAUAAUUCAGUAGCUUUAAGUAAAUUAAGUACAAAGGAUAGUACGGUGAAUCGUUUGGAUGAAAUAAAGCUCAGCGAUCCUAAUUUAGUUAGUCAAGCUAUUAAUGACAUCAACAAAAAGUCCCAGGGAAAAGAAAAAAAGGCGACGAUCGACUGCGAAGUGGAAACGAACAAUUGCGCGGAGGAUGGAUCCAAUGUUAUCGAAGAUAAAGUCGAUUCGGAUGGUUUUCAGGAGGUUCGUUCGAAGAAAAACGUAAAGGAAUCUAGACAUGGGCAGAAGGAAGAAACGAAACCGGUAAAGCGCGAAAAAGAGAAAGAGAGGGACCGAGAGCGUGACCGUUCCAAAUCGAAAGCAAACGGUGGUUCGCAACAAACGGUUUCUUUGCAGCAACAAGUUCAAAAUAUACCUCCUUUGCUUGGUCAAGCCAUUCCACAACCUGCAAAUAUGUUGCAAAAAUCGUUCGAUAGAACUCCUAGAAAUAAUAAGCAGCUUGCUCCUAGAUUCCAAAAACAACGUUUAGCGAAACAGCAGCAGCAACAACAACAGCAGCAGCAGCAGCAGCAAAUGUGUACAUCUGAACCAAGCGACUUGAACAAAAUCAACAAUUCAAACAAUUACGGUAAGGAUUCGUCGAACGGUCCUGCGCCUCCACCAUCGGUGAACGCUUGGGAUAAACCGUUUACAACGAGUCAGUUGCGAUCCAAUUCUCCGUCGGCCGUUCCCACUGACAUUCAGUUGAUGCCCGGUUUAUCUUCGCAAAAUGAUCAUGGUCACGGUCACGUUCAUUGUCACGAAGGUAACGAGCAAACAAAUUCUGGCAGCAGUAGCCAACGAAAUUCACCGAACGGCGAAAAAGGUAGUGGCAAAAGUUUGAAAGAUCAGCUGGUAGAAAAAACCUCAGUCUCCGAUGUUUCUUCACCGCCUGUGCAAACAUUAAUUUUCGAGAAUACAAAUUAUUCGAAAACUACCAAGGCUGGCCCUUCUGAUUUAGCAGUAAAGACUAAAUUUCCGAACCACAUCAAAGCUCAACAGCAACGCGUUGAAAAACGCGCCGAUUUGGAAGAAGAAGGUAAUACAGCAACCGUAAUGCAACAACAACAACAGCAGCAGCAGCAGCAGCAGCAGCAGCAGCAGAGUCUUCCUGUGGCAUUCUCAAAUAAACCAAAUGAUUUGAUAAAAGAUAAGAAUCAAGAACCAAUUCAGAUGCCGCUUUCAUUUAAUAAAAACGAAGAUAACGCAGAUAUGAAAUUGGACUUCACAUUCGAUUCGGAUCUCUCACAAUUGACCGAAGACAAGAGCAAAAGCUUGGGAAUGAACCGAUCAAUGCACAUGGCUACCGGUCAGAAUACCAUUUCACCCUCUACAGCAGAACUUAAUUUAAAGAUUGCAUCGGUAAAGAAAGUAUGGGAAAACGCACCUCCUAUGCCAACCGUGGUCGAGCACGAGGAUGGCAAUGUCGUCAGUACCGCUAAUACUUUUCCUCAAGCGUUUGAAAGUACAGACGUUGAUGAUAGUUACAGCCCUCAUCAACAGUACAAUCAAAAUAACAUGAAAAAUGAAAUAACUACUUCUACGAACGUGUGCAAGCUGGUUCCCCCGCAGGUGAAGCCGCAGCAACAGUCUUCGGGAAGCAGCAGUGGCCAGUCUGGUUCGACCGUUCCAGGACCAAGUCCUAUCGGAGCAGGUCAAAGUCCUAUCGGACAUCCUCCCGUCAGUCUUCAAGGACCAUUGAGCCCGCCACCGUUCAACUCUACCGGCCAACCCUCUCAUAUCAAUUAUCAGGAAUUCCCUCAAUACCCUGGUUCGCAAGCUGCUCAAUACGGGAGCAUGUCUGCCAUACCUUCUCCACCGGCCGUGUUAUUUAACACUGGUUCUGGUCAACUUCCAGCCCAAGCAGGGGGUCUUUAUGGAGCAUUUCAGCUAGAUCAGAGCCGUUCUCCUUUCACGCAGUAUCCGCCGUAUGCGCCGUCUCUUCAAAAUUCAUUUAGCCAACAAAACGUUUACUUACAACAACCACCUCCGCCACAUGCACCGAAUGCACCCACACCAGAUAUGUAUCAAAGCAAUCUGUCACAAUACCGCAUCACUGCAGCUGCUGCUCCACCGUUCGGGCAAAACCAACAGCUCAGUAACAAUCCAAAUACGGUUCUUAUUAGUUCUUCGUCAAAUUCUUUAAUGUCGGCCAGCGUGAAGCCAUCCUCCCAACCUAUUGGCGCUAUUGGAACCAAGGGUCCACAUUUUCAAGCACCGUCUGCUCCUCAACCAAAUCCAUUAACGUACAUACCAUAUGAUCCGAAUCAAGUACUCGGCGUGAGUGGCAGUUACAUGGGCAAUUCCCAAUUGGUGCAGAGACCUGGUCCGAACGUACAAGCCUCGGCCAAUAGUUAUUAUAGCGCAACUUCGGCUGACGUAUUUCCCGGAUCGCAAACAGGUUUUUAUCAACCGGGGGGUGCCACCCAACAGACCGGUACUCAUUAUGGAUUGCAAGGAUUUGGCCAGCACAGCCAAAGUCUGGCAACUGGCAGCGCUACUCCCGUUGGACUUCAAAACUUCAGCUCAGGCUUUUUAUCUAGUUCCGGUUUACAGAUCGCUGCGGCUGCAGCUCAGCAAUUUCGCAAUCCCACAGGAGGACUUCCUGGACCAGCAAACGCAGGUCCCACUUUUCUUAGCAAACAUCAACCACAGGAACAACCUAGGCAAUUAAAGAGUCCAUCAGGAAAUCAACAAGAUGUCCUUGCAUCAGUUUUCAGUUCUACACCGCAAAUACCAUCCCCUAAAUCGAGAAACUGUAAGCAGCAGUCUUCAUCUCAACAACCGCAGCCUAGUCCAACGCAACAUCACAAAUAUCAGCAGUAUCAAGGCGUUAAUCAGUCGACUCUGAGGGAAGGAUUAGCAGUAGCCAAAUUAUUACAGGUUUUACAACAAAAUGUACGUAGCAUGGGUAUGCCACCACGCGCUGGUAUUCAACCGUCGCAACAACGAUAUCCGCCGCCCAUUCAAAGACCAGUCGUUCCAUUUACACCAGUCCCCAAUCCGAACAAUCCUACGCAGCAGCAGCAGCAGCAGCAGCAGCAACAACCUAAUUGCAUACCGUCGCAGCAGCAACAACAACAACAAGCUCAAAUUAACCGUCACAGACCAAAUCUGCAUCAGCAGCAGCAACAACAACAACGCAACAUGAAGAUGCAACAACAAUAUUACUCUACGCAAGGAAACGUCAAAAUGGACACGAAUGAAAAAACAGAUUCACACAAUGAUAAAAUAAACGAUGGUAGCUCAAGUGCUCAACAAGGAGGCGCUAAAGCAAACGUAAAUUCCCAAGACAAUGACAAUAAGGAAGAAGUGAAUCAACAAAACGAGUGAAUUGUGAAAAAGAACAUUCGUUCUCUAUCAUUUGAAAGAAAAGAAAAAGAAAAAAAAAUAACUUACGAUCAUACAUAAUGGUACCACGUUGAUCGAAAGGUAAAUGAUAAUGAUAACUUGUCAUACGCAUGGAGUAAAUUGUACUCCGAUCGAUAUUGUAUUUGUCGAUUUAAAGCGGCUUGCGAGCUUAGAAUUCAUAAUUAAUAACUUGGCCAUCAGUCUAGUUAGAAUAAUUUAAUCGAGGUGCAUUGAAGAAAAGAAAAGAUACAGAUGGUAUUAUUGUUAUACACGGUAAUGCUUCUCCGAAUUAACAAUCACGAACGUUGCGUUUCAUGAAUUCUCAACAAACAAAUCGCUUUUGUCGAACAUUCCCUUUUGCGUGUUCGAGGAAAUAUUGCGAAUCGUAAAACGGCGAUAAGUGCCGAGAAAUACUGUAGAACAAAUGCCCGAAAGAAACUAAUUUUAAUCUAUAUAUCGAUAUCGCAUCGAAGAUGGUUUUACCUUUGAACAAAUCCCUGUGGAUCAUUUCUCUCAACAACUGCUAGGGGACUAUAACACAUUAUUCAGUACGAGAAAAAAAAAGAGGUCGAAUGAUUGUAGAACUGUGACGCGCACAACUCAUUCUCAUUCGAUGUCGAUCGAUUACCCUAACCAAUUAAUUACAUUAUCGACUACGAAGAUAAGGAAUCUGCACAAGAAUUAUGUUUCUGUAUGUGGACACGACGGCGGUCUGUGGUAUACGUUACUGUAAAAGUCAGAUUUUCGUGAAACGUAGUUCGACAAAGAUAUUGCACGACCGUUGCUACAAUUUGUAAAGCACCGUUACAAUGGAGAAGAAAAAAGAAAAAAACAGAACUCGAUAAAGAAGACUGUUGUGUAUAUCGAAAUUGCAAAAAACAAAAAUAUACAUGCGAUGGUCGUAUAGAUCUGCAUGACGUUGUCCCUAAUACAAUGUGACAAGCAAAAAAAAGUUCGUGUACAUUAAUCGUUUAUUCAUAUACUGUGAGGUCAUGACGAAGCUUGUGAAAAAUAAAUAGUGCAACAAUUGUUUAUAGUACUGAAUAUAUUAUCAUGACCUAGCCACUCUCAAAAAGAGUAUCAGUGAUUAGGGAUGUAAUAAUACAAGGAGUGUCGCUUGCAGAAAAACGAAACGCGCUCGAUUUUUUCGUGUGUAGUAAUUAUUCCGCUAGGACGCAGCCACUGUCUGUCGCAACGUACAUGUCGUAGAAAAUGAAUUGUAUAUUCUCUGCUUUUGUUGCGGUUCCACGCAUUAUUACGAUUAUUAUAAUUAUUAUUAUUAUUAUCAUUCUAUUUUAAUUCUAUUCUAUUUUAUUUUAUUUUAUUCGUAGUACUAUCUUCAUCAUUACCAUCGUCAUUGUUUCUAUUGUAUUACUAUACUGCAACAUAUAAUAUAUUAUCAUCAUCGCCGUCGUUGUUACUACUGCCGCUGCUGCUAUUAUUACUUAUUACCACAACCACCAUCAUUACCAUUAUUACUGCACAGAAUCAUUACCAAGAUUAUUACUACAAUUACUAUGGCAGUCACCGUCGACGCUGUCAUUGUUAUUAUUAUCAUUGUCAUCGUCAUCCUCAUCCUCAUCGUCAUUAUUGUCAUGAUCAGCGUCAC